AUGCCUGAAACCGCCAAACCAGCGCCCAAGAAGGGCUCCAAGAAAGCGGUAACCAAGAUCGCCGGAAAGACCGGUAAGAAGAGGCGCAAGUCCAGGAAGGAGAGCUACGCAAUCUACGUGUACAAGGUGAUGAAGCAGGUCCACCCCGACACCGGCAUCUCCUCCAAGGCCAUGGGCAUCAUGAAUUGCUUCGUGAGCGACAUCUUUGAGCGCAUCGCCGGCGAGGCCUCCCGUCUGGCUCACUACAACAAGCGCUCCACCAUCACCUCCAGGGAGAUCCAGACCGCCGUCCGCCUGCUGCUGCCCGGGGAGCUGGCCAAGCACGCCGUGUCCGAGGGCACCAAGGCCGUGACCAAGUACACGAGCUCCAAGUAA